AGGAGCCAGCCCGGGGCAGGCUGCAGCAGCGAGGGCUGGCGGGCCGCCAGGAAGUGUAAAAUCCUGGCCGGUGGGUGGCAAAUUCCGCCAGAUCGCGGCGAGGAGGCAGCGCGUCCGUGUGUCCGUCCGUCCGUGCGUGCGGCGGGCGCAGGGAGCGGCAGCCCGGCCGCCCGGCAGCCCGGCCCGGGUGAGCCCAGGCGGAGCGGGGCGCGGCCCCGCCGGGCCGGGGGCUCGGCCGGCGGUGCCAGGGGAUGUUUGUGUGCCGGGGGCGGCUCCCGCGCCCCGCCGUGCCGCUGGAGCGCAGCGCGGCCGUGAGACCUGGGACUGCCUCAGUUCCUUCAUCCCGCAGCGCAUGUCACAGCCCGACGCGGUGGGGGCCUGCUAGUGCCGGGCUGAUCUCUGCUUCUGACUGAGGCCUUGGCCUUGAGGACUCAUGGCCAUUGCUGAGACUGGCGCGUGAGCCUUCGAGAGAAGAGCCUUUCUGAUGGCCCUGCCCUGCCCCACCUGACCCUAUGAAAGGAGGGUUCGCCAUAGCUCUGUCCCUCGCACUCCAGCCCCACAGGAUGGGCUCGUUCAGGAGGCCCCGGCCUCGCUUCAUGAGCUCACCGGUGCUCAGUGACCUGCCUCGCUUCCAGGCAGCCCGGCAGGCCAUGCAGCUCAGCUCCAACUCUGCCUGGAACAGUGUACAAACAGCAGUGAUAAAUGUGUUCAAAGGGGGAGGCUUGCAGAACAAUGAACUUUACACCCUCAAUGAAAAUAUCAGACGGCUGCUGAAGAGUGAACUUGGAUCCUUCAUCACAGAUUACUUUCAGAACCAGCUCCUUGCGAAGGGCUUGCUGUUUAUGGAGGAGAAGGUCAAGCUGUGUGAAGGUGAGGAUCGCAUUGAUGUCCUGUCUGAAAUCUGGGAUCACUAUUUUACAGAGACUCUUCCUACACUCCAGGCAAUAUUCUACCCAGUCCAGGGUCAGGAGCUGACAAUCCGUCAGAUUGCUCUUCUUGGCUUCAGAGACUUGGUCUUGCUAAAAGUAAAGUUGGAAGAAAUCCUUCCCCUGGUCCAGACAAAGGUUCCAGCUUCCAUUGUCCAGAUGCUGUUAAUUCUGCAGAGUGUCCAUGAGCCUACUGGCCCCACUGAGGGUUACCUACAGCUGGAAGAGCUGGUCAAGCAGGUGGUGUCACCAUUCCUGGGUUUGUGUGAGGAUCACAGCUCCUCUGGCAGCACCUGCUUGCUUGAGAGGCGCUACUCCCGAUCCCGCCCCAAGGCCCUGACCCCGCUGACGGAGCAGGAGGGCGAGGCGUACCUGGAGAAGUGCGGGAGCAUCCGCCGGCACACGGUGGCCAACGCGCACUCGGACCUGCAGCUGCUGGCCAUGGCCUCCAUGCUGCACACGGGCAUGGUGGCCGAGGAGCCGGACGGCUCCGAGCAGUGCCUGCUGCUGCAGCCCGGCUGCUUCGGCCACAGGCAGUGCUCCAGCGAGCCCAGCAUCGCCGACGGCCCCGACGGCGCGGCGGCAGCGGGCGCCAGGCAGGACCCUGCCGAGCUGAACUGCACCUCUGUCAGCUAGGAGGAGGCUGGCCCACGAGUGGAGAGCUGCAUGCACUAAGCUGGACACAGGGGUGUGUCAUCCCUGCUGGGAAAAGAAGAGAAAAAUAGGAAUUCUGCUCAUGCCAUCGAAGUGGGCUCGAGGGUUCUUAUGGCUGAGAAUGCUCUCUAGACAGGUUCUUUUACCAGUCUGGGAUCAUCGUUGAUGGAGGUACCAGGCUGCUCCCAAAUGACCACUGAGGGCUGUAAAGGUUUUGCUGUUGAACAGCACAGUCUGCCUUCUGUAAGCUUUCUCCCUCUACUAGUAUAAACCUUUUGGCAUCAGGUUUCCUUCUUUUUCUUUGGUAUGAUACAAAUUGAGUUCUUUCUGCUUUUCUCUAUCUUUCCCAAUUGUGAUUCUUCUUUGUUCUUUGUCCCUGCAGUAGAGACCUCUGUGCUCGGUGUUCUCUUUGCUUUUGGUGCUAGCGUGGUGAAUGCUGCACACUUCAUUUCUCUUUUGAAAUUGAACUCAGGGAUGAAACCAUCCUGCAGAAAGAUCUGAAGUGGCUGGUGAGAGGAGGAGAUCCUUUACCUUGCUUCCCAUGGGCAUGGAUGAAAAGUCCAAAUCAGAAUUAAUCAGACUUCCUUUUAUCCAGGCCCACAGAGAACUGAGUAUAUGUGGAGUCUGAGCUGAGUUUUGGUUCCAGUCAUAGCUUGGGGGUUUUGGUAUUAAUUGGGUGAAAAGGAUGACUGGGGUGUGUAAAUUGGAUGCAAAAUAUACUGAGCAUCCUUGCAUUUGGCAUCAGUUUGCUCUCAAAAUUUCAGUGAUGAUUGGGCUAUGAUGAAAGAGAAAAUGAGAUGGGAAGGAGAUGCUGCACUUGUGUGGGAGAUGUACAAGGGCUUCUCAGCACUGGGUCAUCGUGACUCCAGAUCAGGAGGGGAUGAUCAGGAUUUCAUCCUGGACUUACCCUGGUACUUUUAGCACUUGCAGAUUUCAUGAGACUGAGGAUAACAGCGGGGUGUGGAAAGGAGCCCUGCCUCAGUGUAUUCAUGAAGUGCUCCUGACCUCCAGUGGUAUCUGACUCAGUGCAGCACUGCUUUUAAGAUAAAGUGAGGCUCUUUGCAGUCUUUGGUUUUGUUUUUGUUGUGAAGAUUAGGAGUGGAUCCAGUUUCCAGCUGUCUGUUUCAGGCACUGCAUUCUGCGGUGUCUGCUUUGUAGCAUCACUUGGAACUCCAAUGCUGCUUCUGUGGGGACAGAUCCAAUCUGUUUGAGCUGUCCCCACGAUACUCUGCUGCUGUCUUGCUAAGCAGAUUUGCAAGUGUAAUUAUAGGCUUAGAGGUGAACUGCAGUGCUGCCUUAAAUGUCAAAUCCCAUUAAAAAUAUGGACACAACACAACUACCACUUGAAUCUACUCCAAGUGGUACUGUAGAUAAGUGUGUCUUGACAAGGAAACAGAAGGUUAGGCUGAGCAUCAGGAUGUUUUUUGCAUGCUAUGACAUUAACUGCAGAAUUUGCCCUGCUUCUGCUGGACAUUAAACAGUUUCUGCUCCACUAGCUGCACUGGAAGUACAGCUCUGACCUGCCAGGAUUCAGCAUUAGUGGCACAUGCAGCAAAAGGAGAGCAAGUUAUUAUUUGGCCACAAAGCAUCAGAAAUACCAGCUAUGAGCUCAAGCUGUGCUGCCUUGAUAAAUGAGGGUGUUGCAUUUUCUUGUGUGGUUUGCAAUGUUGAGACAGAUACUUGGAUCUCUCCUUUUCCCUCCUGUCAGCAGAGCUCUUGGCCUUUGGGGAAAGGCCGAGUGUUUGGAUCACCAGCUGUGCUUUCCGUGUCAGGAAAGGAGGUUCAGGCUGCCUCCUCCUCCUGAGAGCACCCACAGCCCAGCAGAGGCCAGGAAGAUGUGCCUUACAGCAGCCUUCCCUCAGAUGGAUUACAGGACAAAUUGCUCUCCUGUUCAUAAAUUGGACUGACCAGGCCAGCUUACUGUCCUCUGCCCCAGGGCAGCCAUGGGCUGUGGUGGAGCUUCAGAACUCUGUGGUGGCAGCCAAGCCACGCUGGCCUUGCCUUGGCGCAGUCCCUGCAGCAUGGGGCAGAUGAUGGUGUCCUGCUCACAGUCAAUUUCUUUGGCCCUUUGCCAUGAUUUAAAGCCUUCUCUUGGUCACACUGAGGUGUGUGGGGAGGUGGUCACCCUGCAGCAUUUCAGUUCACUCUUAUGAAUGCUUUUCUUCUUUCUCUUUCUCCUCUAACCCAUUUGCCUUCUGUAAAUACCCAAAUCUUUUCUAUUGGAGAGCAGCAGCCCGUUUUAAUGGUGAAAACUAGAAUGAUUUAUUUAUUUCCUGACAUAUUCUUGGAUCAUCUCUAGGGCUAAUAGGAGUUAGUCCUGGUUUUAACUUGAAUUUCUUUCAUUUUACACACAUGUAUGAUUUUAAUUAUUUUGGUUUUGUAUCUGUUACCUUGCAAAAAUUUGCACCAAGCCCUCUGAAUCAUGCACUUCCCCCCUUGUUUUGUUUUUAUGGAGAAUUAAAGCUGGUGGCUUUACUUUGUAAACUGAAGUAAACACAACUCUGUUCUGAAAACCACACCGAGAGUAUGGCCGUGAC